AUGCACAACUCCGGCCACUCCUCGUCCCCUGUAGUCGACCUCCAGUUCCUAAACCCAAAGUCCAUACGAGUGCCCACCAGUGGAUCUGUUGUGGACGUCCUUUUGGUGGUCUUUCCCUACGCUCUCCUCCACACCACUCACUGCCAGUGCUUCCAAGACCGGGUCAGUCAGACAGUCACAGACUCNCGCCAUUCCUAUGACUCCCGACUCGCCAUCCCUUUCCAUACGUUCCCGACGUCUGUCUCCUCCCUCUUCGCAUGUCUGGUGCUCUUCGUGUGGAUCUCUUGCCUCCAGAAGUGGAUGUCUUUCCCGAAGACAUUUGUGUUUGACUUUCACUCGAACUUCACUGAAAUACUAAGAAGUGCUCAUUUGGUGGACAACCCGAAGACAGUGACUGAAGUAUACGAAGAAUUACUCAAAAGUGUGGCCAAAAUUCAUAUAUACGAUACAGGUUUUGAUGGGGAGAGGAGACUACUGGGUAAAGGAACUGGAUUUCUGGUGACUGAGUCGGGCCUCGUAAUGACAAACAGUCACGUGACUCGUGAGUGUCCAGACAUUAAGCUGUAUUUCUAUAAGAGAGACCCGAGUGAUGAUACCCUCAAGUCGUCGUCAUACGACUAUACGCCGCCGAAACGGGUAAUGAAGACAAUAUUGGAUAUCUGCCUGAUCUCAAUUGAGUCUGUCCUCAAGUUUGCCGAUCAAAAUAAUAUAACUGUUGGGACGGAGGCGGCAAUCAUUGGUUAUCCCAGAAUGAGUUGCCCGUCCUUUUCCACGGGUAUUGUCAUGUGUGCCGAUAGAGAGCUGACUGAUCUGAAAGUAUACCAUUAUUUUGAAAACAUAUGCGAUACCGAGGAAAGUUAUGUCGUCCACACGUGUCGGACCAGUCCGGGCACUUCCGGCGGUGCGAUAGUCGAUAUGACCGGCCAAGGGAUUGCCGUUAAUUUUGGUCAAAUUAAUGAUAACAUUAAACUGGCCAUAAAUGGGGAUAAAGUUAAUGAUUGUAUUCAACGGGCGAUUGAUUUUCAACCGAAAUAUUGUCACCAAAAGUAUGGCUACACUAAUGCCGAAGCAUUGGGAGUACUGAUCCACCAGUUUUCAGAUGUGAAGGACUCUUUCAAUGAUAUCGACGGCACGCAAGCAUUUGGUGACUUUUGGCAGUUAGAUCUACCGAUUGUAUGGGAACUGUUGACCCCAUCCGGGCCAACCAGAAACGAUUUGCAGGCAAACGAUCUGAUCGUCCAAAUCGACGACAAUUUCCCCUCCUUCUGGUCUAACGCUGAGCGCAAGGUCUACGACCAGACCCAACAACUGUGCGACGCUCUGCGCACCCGGAUCCGCACCAAACUGACCGCCCGUAACCUGCACUCAGUCAUGUGGGCGCCCAAUGCCAACCAGGACAUGGUGUUCGAGAUGAUAGUCAGCUCGCAAGGGUUUACCCCUCUGUCCCUGACCUUCCACCUCAUGAGUCAACUGAUCAGGAAAAAUACGGCUGAAGCCGAAAAUUACCUUAAAAUGGAUGAUAUUAAGUGGACGAGUAGGUUUGUGAACUGGCCUCUGGAGGCCACGGUGAUGGGCCGCAAGUCCAUUGUCGGCAAGUUUUACUACCCGCCCCUCAAACAGUCGUUCCUCUUCGACACGAUUCGCAAUUUUUACGAACCGUUGCUUGAGUUGAACAUAGAAGACCUGUCCCUCGAGAACAGCACCCAUUCACUCGCAUCGCUAUUCAAAUGCCCGUUCAGUCAAAUCUAUUCAUUGGUGGCUGAGAAAGGGGGCGACAUUUGUAAGACUCCGGGCGUCAUCCGCAGUGUUCUCAGCAUUGGGAUAUUCACUUACUUCCAAGUGGGCCGAUAUUUCUAUGUGUAUCGCUGGGAGAAACAAACUUUUGAUUUCGACAAAUAUGUCUCAAAUCUAUUCAACGAUUAUUUCGAUAUUAAGAGAGAGAGAGAGAGAGAGAGUAAUCUAUUAAACUUUCUAUUAACUCAUAUUCUGUUUUCAGACACCAAAAAGCGACUCCUUAGCUACUCGUACCCCCUUGGGAACGGUAGCAUAUACAGAACUGUAGUCAUGGGUCACACCAAAUGGAGGGAUUCCUCACAAUUCCCCACAAAAUACAUUUACCGCGUGUUUGAGUCGCCCGCUAAGGAUUACGGCAUUAAAUAUAAACCGAUUCUACCCAACAAUAAGGGCCCGAAUGACAUGCCAUUCAGCGGCGAUACUGUCGGCCCUUUUCACCCCCAGUUACUCCAGGAUGGCGUCAACACCGACACCAUAGCCGGCAUCGGCUUCUGGGUGUCGAGCAAACCCGAUCGAGAGUACGACCGACUGGCCAUUACUAUGAAAGCCAAGGGCUCGCCGCUGUUGAAUGUAUCGCAAUACGUGUCGGACGCCAAAUACCUGUUCCCGAGUCAGUCCAUUGCCGGCAAAUUUCUGGCCAACGAUAGGGGCUUCAAACGGGAGUUCAACAAAAUUGUCGGUUUGUUUACCAAUGAGCACCAACUAUUUGCCCUAGCAUUCAACGCCCAAAACGAGCUCAAUGUGUACCGGCUCACAGAUAUACACGAAAUUGCCCUAAAACUUACCGGAAAGUGGAGUUUCAAGUCCUACUUUUCUUGUAGAUCAUACUCAAAGUCCGAGAGCGGAACGACUACUCUGGAGUACUUCUUUGUGGUGAUAUUGAUAGUGUUGGUGGUGUUGGCGGUGAUCACGAUCGUGAUAGUUGUCUAUAGAUAUCAAUCCCAUGGGUUCACAUCCAAGUCGACCGCUCCUAAGCCUAAGACUAAGCAAUCGGUGCCAAAGACAGAUCCGGAGAAGUCAUCUGAAAUAUAGUCCAUUAAACCAUAAUAACUCAUAAACUUCUAACACUUAAAAUGCCAAAC